ACUACAACAUGCUCCGUAUGAUAAUACGUGUGUUAUUCCUGUCAACACUGGAUCCAGUAAUUCUUAGUAAUUGUGCAGUUGUGCGACUUUCUGACGAGUAACGUUUGCGCACACUGGGACGUUUCCACGCUCGCGCUAAGUCUUUGGGACUACAUGUCCCUGUAUUCUCUCAGCUGCCCCGUGAUACGACGUGUCGUAAAAAGAAAAAAAUCCGUCAACAACACCAAAACCGACAUGGACACCGCCAAAGGGGCUUGACACGUUUUUUACCUUUGUUAUCUGAAAAUGUUCGCCUAGUAGCGCCAGGCCUCUGCACCCAGGGCGGACUGGAGGGAUGGAGGCCAUGGAGGAUGACAGUUUGGACCUGAAAGAUGACCACAACCACAACUACUGUGCGAGCGGCAGCAAAGUCCGCCCGUGUCUCAGUAGUCAGCUGUCGGAGGUGUCAACGGUCCCACAAGCCGUCUGUCCGCCGGUGUCCGCGGGCGAACCGGACGCUCGGCGGGCGAAGCUGUGGUCCGGUAGAACACGCGGGUCAAAGUUCAUGGACUCGGACUCGGGCAGCGAGAGCAGCGAAGUCAGCGAGAGCGACUGCGCGGCUUCGCCGGCCGCCGUCGAGGGGAAAUUCACCCUGGACUCUACCUCCAAGUUCCGUAAGGUCGCAUGAAGGAUCGCUUUAUUACCGGGCGGAUUGCUUUGCUGCUGUACCUGCUUCUCUCUGUCACGCAGUGCUCAACGCCAUGGCAGUAGAUGACUACAGGAAGAACCACUGGCCGGAGCUGGAGAAGGCCAUAGACCGCCUGCUGAUCCAGAACUCCACGGACCACAUCGCUGUCUCCUACGCACAGAUUUACGGUUACAUCUAUAAAUGUGUUUGCCAGCAGCAUUCGGAGCUACUCUACAACGAUCUGAAAUCCAAAAUCAGCAGUCAUCUGCAGCAGGUGUCCGCCCAGCUACAAGACAGCCCACCUGAGAGCUUCAUUGAAAACUUCAACACUGCACUCACUCAAUACACGGCUUCUCUCCAGUGUAUAGUUCCUGUUUUCAUGUACUUGAACAAGUUCUACAUUGAGUCAAAGCUAAACAGAGACCUGGGAGAGGAUCUGAUGAAGCUCUUUGCUGAUCACGUGGCGGAAAAACAUGUGAAAGUUCUGAUGCCACUUCUCAUCAAAGCCCAUUCCAUGCCCUUUCAAGUGCAGCCGUCUACCAUGGCCAGUGUGGUCAAAGGCCUCUACAGCCUCAGGCCGGAGUGGGCCCAGCUAGCGCCAGCGCUCUUCUCUGGCUUUAUUCCUCAAAUCAACCCCCCCGCCGUGGAGUCUCUGCUGUCCGACUAUGCUGCUCAUGACCAGAAAUUACAGAUGGAGCUCUCUAUGAAUGGCUUUCCUCGAGGGGACCAGUCUCGCAAACGGGCCAGUGACGACUCCUGAUAGUAGAGCGGAUGUCUGCGUCUGUGCUGCAGAACUCAAACUGUGCCUCCCUUAUGUCGUGAUCACAGGCUGGCUGCAUUGGGGACAAUGUAAAGACUGUGAGGUCCUUCUCUAAAGACUCAAGAUCACAAAGCACUGUGAACAACAAAGAGAGAGCAUGAAGCUGAGCAGACGCCUAAUCUCAGUGCACUAAAACAAACACAGACUCCUACGAUGGUGCUUUGCUCUGCUAUCAGGAUGCAUCCAGCUUCAGUAUUGGCAAGGUGUGUGUAUGUAUGUGUGUUUGUGUGCCCCCGUUUUUACCAAUUGAAGCGUGCCUUCACGGUGUCUGACUGACGGGAGGUUCCGAUGAGGGUUGUGCCGAUGAUGGCGUUUUCAUUCCUAAUAUUAAAGUGUCUUGUGUGUUUUUUAUAAACUGGACUAAUGGAGACAUUCUACUGCUGCUAGUAAUCGCAUUCCCCGUAAUAACUGCUGUUGAUGCUAACACUGUGUGUGUGUGUGUGUGUGUGUGUGUGUGUGUGUGUGUGUGUGUGUGUGUGUGUGUGUGUGUGUGUGUGUGUGUGUGUGUGUGUGUGUGUGUGUGUGUGUGUGUGUGUGUGUAACCUUUUGGCAGCAGUCAAACACAUGGGGGGGGGGGCAUCAGAAGUAUGGGGAACCUACUGAUUCUGCUCUUCGUGUUGCCUUCACUGUGUUGUUCCAAACCCAGUAAUGCCAAAGAGGAUCGCAGUAAUUGUUUUGGCUUCUCUCUACUUUUCUUUACUAUACAGUGUUUUGCAUUCGGGCUGACAUCACUGUAUUUGCUGGCUGUGUCUCUGAGCCCUUUACGUUUUGUAUUAACACAUUUUGUCUGACCCAUUUGUAAGUUAGUCAAAUUGUGCCUGUGUGUAUUGCUUUUUAGUUUAAAGCCUUACGUGUUGUAUUGGCAGGGAUCACAAUGCAGGACAAUACACUGAGUGCCAGAAAGCUUAAAAUUAGUCAAUUCUCGUUUUUAUGGGUGUUCAGCUAAAUCAUCUCUUAAAUGUGAAACCUGUUUUAGAAAAACAAAUAUGCAAAUAUUUUGAGUCCGGCCUACUUGUAUUUAAGGUUGUGCAUAUAAAGCCGGCUCACGGUGGAACUAGUUCUUCCUUCGCAAAGGGGUCAAUGCGCAGAAGCUCGUCUCCCGGGUGAUUUUAUUUUCUAACAUACACUUGAAUCGAGACGCAUUUGAUACGCUGUCUUACACUGUUUUAAGUGUGAACACGUGCUCAGGCUCGCUCUUUGUUUCUGUCCGUGGGUCUUCGGCACGGUUCUCCCCAUUGCUUUAAAAAAUCGCUGAGUCAAUCAUGGAGCAUGUUAAGCUGUUAUGUUUUAAUUCGGGUCAAGUAGGCAACAACUUGCAGCCUAACCUGCUGAGAUUCCAUCACUUUCUGUUUAAUAUGCUGCAAGGAUAUCUGUGUUAAAACAACUGAACAACUGUGAAUAAACCUGUCUGCUCAUA